ACUAGAAAUGUGGGUCAUGUAAUGAUCUAUGGUGGGAGUGUUUUUCAAUUCAAUAUUUAGUUGUUUUGAGCUGUUUAUUCUGUAUGUAUGACUGAAAUUUAGUUUUCAAUGGCAUUCAGGAGACAUCCAUGGCCAGUAUACUGAUCUUCUAAGGCUUCUUGAAUAUGGUGGAUUGCCCCCUCAUUCGAACUACUUGUUCUUGGGGGACUAUGUAGAUCGUGGAAAGCAGAGCUUAGAAACCAUGUGCCUUCUCCUUGCAUAUAAAAUAAAAUAUCCUGAAAACUUCUUUCUUUUGAGGGGCAACCAUGAAUGUGCAUCUGUUAACCGUAUCUACGGAUUUUACGACGAAUGUAAACGGAGAUUCAAUGUCAAACUCUGGAAGAUAUUCACAGACUGUUUCAAUUGCUUGCCUAUGGCUGCUCUGAUUGAUGAAAGGAUACUCUGUAUGCAUGGUGGACUGUCUCCUCACCUAGACAAGUUGGAUCAGAUUAGGAACUUAAAGCGGCCUACUGAUGUUCCCGACAAAGGAUUAGUUUGUGAUCUUCUCUGGUCUGAUCCAAGUCAAGAAACACGAGGCUGGGGACCGAAUGAACGAGGGGUUUCUUACACGUUCGGAGUGGAUCGAGUUAUAGAGUUUCUUCGAAAGCAUGAUCUUGAUUUGAUUUGUAGAGCUCACCAGGUCGUGGAGGACGGGUACGAGUUUUUCGCAAAUCGAAAACUUGUAACAAUAUUUUCUGCUCCAAAUUACUGUGGAGAGUUCGAUAAUGCAGGUGCAAUGAUGCGCGUGGAUGAAAAUUUAAUGUGUUCGUUCCAAAUACUAAAACCAGCCGAUAAGAAGUCGAGGUUUGGCUUCGGCAGCAUGUCGUUGGGACGGUAGGGCAGUUCACCUAAAGUCGAGUCGUUUCUGGGAGGAAUCGGAUGAAACUCAUAUCAUGUUCUUACCGAACUGCGUCAUCUGAUACAGGUUUCUUCCUUGAUGUAACAAACAUUAUGCUUUGUGCUCAUUGACACUUUAGAGAGCAUGUUUAUGAAUCUCACGACAGUUCUUGAGUCGGCUUGGCCCAA